AUGGGGACUAUAUUUCUCAUUCAGACAGGAAUUGGCCUCAUGGGAAAUAUCUCCCUCUUUUGUCUUUAUAACUUCACUUUGCUCACUGGACAUAGUUUGAGACCCAUAGACCCAAUCCUCAUGCAACUGGUCAUCGCCAAUGCCACGGUUCUUUUCUCUAAAGGCAUACCACAGACACUGGCAGCUUUCGGAUGGAGGUAUUUCCUGGAUGACACCGGAUGUAAACUUGUCUUCUAUUUCCACAGAGUAGGCACGGGAGUUUCCCUUAGCACCAUCUGCCUCUUCAAUGGCUUCCAGGCCAUCAAGCUCAAGCCCAGUAUCUGGAGGUGGAUGGAACGCCAGAUGAGAGCUCUAAGAUUCAUUGCCUUCUGCUGUUUCCUUUGCUGGGUUGUGCACAUCUUGAUAAAUUCAUGUAUUCUUAUGGUAGUAAAGGGUCCACUGAAGGAGAAGAACUUCAGUAUGAGAAAUAACUAUGGAUACUGUUCUUGGCAUAUGAUAGAGGGUUCUGUAGGCGCAUUAUACACAGUCACAUAUUUUUCCCUUGAUAUUACAAGUUUAGGUUUUAUGGUUUGGGCCAGUAGCACUAUAGUUCUUUUCCUGUGCAGACACAAACAGCGACUCCAACACAUGUGCAGCAAUCGACUCUCCCCAAGACCCUCUCACGUGGUCAGAGCCACAGGCACGGUCCUGAUCCUGGUAAGCGCCUUCGUUACAUUCUAUACAAUCUACAUUGUUUUGACAAUUUGGUUGACUCUAGUUGCGACCCGAGGGCAGUGGAUGGUGAACACCUCUGUCCUUCUGGCCACAAGUUUUCCAGCAUUCAGCCCCUUUGUGCUCAUUAUCAAGGACACUCGUAUCUCUCAGUUCUGCUUUGCCUGUAGGGCAAGGAAAACAGUUUGCUAACGUGAUUGUCAUUCU